GUCUCGAUUGAAUCGUACGAGCAAAUCAGACAAGAAAGCAACCAAUGAAGGACGUGAUGGAUUUGAGAUCAAGAGAUGUUGACGUGGCAGUUUGGUCAGUUGAAGAGACGUAUCGAGCUCUGCAAUGUUUUUUGAUCAGAUUUCGAAUGGCGGCCACGCCCAUUUGGCUCCUCCACCAUGACCGCGAAACCCUUCACUGCUCCAUCGCUGCUUAAAACGUCAGCCAAAGACCGAAGCUUGGGUUGCUUUGUGGAACCAUUGCUAAAACAAAGCAAGAGGCAGAAUCACGGAGAUGGAGAAAUUUAAAGCUAGUUUAGAAGAACCCAAGACCUAUAAACGAAAGCUAGACAAAAGGAUGAUACUAUCAUUAACACGGCCGUCUUUUCUUCUAAAUCUCGGAGGAAUCCACAUUCGAUGGGAAAAUCGGCAAAGGUUGUGUUACCUUUUGGAGAAACUCGUAAAGCAGCAUAAUUGGGCUGAGGCAAGUGGGGUUUUAAGCUUGUUGCUGAAGGGUACUUCCUGGGAUCGAUCUGCUGAUUUGAAUCGCCUCAAGUAUUGGGCUUCAGUUAGGCUUCUUAAGCACAUAGAGGGAGAUCAUGUUGACAUUAGAAGGAUCAGGGACAUCUAUGAGAUUUGGAUGAGCAGGAUCAGGUCCAAGACUGUGCAAGUAGAGGAGCAGAUUGCAGUUCAUUUGGAGUUCCUUAUUUUCUGCCUUACACAUGGGAAUCUUGGGUGGGCUCAUCAAGCUGCUUUAAGCUUGAUGAAAGAACGUCACGUUAGUAGUCACCCAAUGUCAAAUUUGGUCAUGGGCUUGACAUUCUGUCAGCUUUGGUAUUCUGAUCUCACCGACGAGGUUAAGCUGAGAGAUUCAAACCAGGAUUGCAUCCCUCAGCUGCAAUCAGACACUUCAGGAUCAAAAUUCAGCAACCAAAUUGUUAACUCAGAGGGAAAUAAUGCGGCUUAUACUCGUGAUGCUGUUACUUCUCAAUAUGAUUCACAGACAUCUGUCAUGAAUGAUAAAAGAAUAAUGCCGGUGGCUUAUAGCCAGCUACACAGCGAAGUUCCUGUGCAGACUGAUGUUAAUUUGCAGCGUGCAAAUCUCCAAGAAGAGGUUCAACCACUGGCCUCCUACCAAAACUCCGCUGAAAAUGAAGCUGGUUUAUACAAUGAUAGUGGCUAUACAUGUGAUCCUUCAGUUUUCUCUGCCCUUGAGGGUCUAGAGUCAUGGUUGAUGCCAUUAAAGUUGCCACAUUCUAGUGAGAACUUUGUCUAUUUGCAUAGGCAAAUACUUAAUAAUCAUUAUAAUGAUGCUGUGAAGUAUCUACAGCUUGCACUUCACUCUACACCCUCUUUGUCAGCAGCAUUACUUCCUUUAGUGCAGUUGUUGCUGAUUGGAGGUCAAGUGAAUGAGGCCCUAAGUGAAGUUGAAAAGUUCUGCAACAAUUCAAGAGUGCCCUUUCCAUUUAGAUUAAGGGCCAGUCUUUUAGAGUGUUUUUAUUCCAAUAAUUCUGUCAUGCUCUCUGCAUGUUUUGAGGAGACUUUGAAGAAGGAUCCAACAUGCUGCCACUCAUUGGCAAGACUUGUCAGCAUGCAUCAAAAUGGGGACUAUAGUCUGGAAUCCCUCGUGGAGAUGAUUGCUUUGCAUUUGGAAGCUACCAAUCCAGAGUCCAAUACAUGGAGGGAGUUUGCUUCAUGCUUCCUCAAACUAUAUCAGUAUGAAGAGGAGCGAUUGUCAGUAUGUCUCAAUGGGAAUGAAGGUGAACAAAUUCCAAAGCUCUCUGUUAACUACAAUAAGAUGCCAAAAUUUUUUAUUGAGGGAAAAUCAAGAAAAGUUUGGAGGUUACGCUGCAAAUGCUGGUUAAAACGUUACUUUGCCAACAAGAUGCUUGCAUCAGAAAUUGCUUCAGGGGUCUUGGAGCUUUUAACUUACAAAGCAGCUUGCGCAUCCCAUUUGUAUGGUCAAGAGUUUGACUACGUUGUAAAGGUUUAUUCUCAUUUAGAGGAACAAAAUGAUAGGGACCUACUAAAAUUCCUAAAAAGGCACAUGGAGAAUUCUAUCAGAUUAAAUGCGAAUAUUCAAGAGAAAUUAAUUAAGAUAUAAAUUUCAUGCAAGCA